GUUCUUAGUUCAGUGGUAGAGUUUCUAAGCAACCGAUGUUAGGUCACGGGUUCGAAGCCUAUUUUCGUAAAAAAAAUAGUCGUUUUUCUGAGCUCGUCGUUUUGGUCUUCGUGUUGUUGAAGUGCAAGGCCAUGGAUCCAGAUCAGGGCUCUUCAAAAGCCCGGAAGCUCAAGUUUAAACCCAGGAAUCUCAAACCAGUCCGAACUCCCAAAACCGAAGCGGAUGAUAAGCAGAAGGAAGAUAGCGCAGUGCCUCGAGCUCUCUCGCGUCGACAAGAAAAUCCUACAAAACGCGAGCCUAAAGUGGAAACAAAAUCUAGCGUGGAAGUUGCAUUUAGUCUUGGAAGUUCAUCACAUUCCCUCAGGACAUAUGGCAUAAGUAAAUCUGUAGAUAGUGGCUCGCCAUCUAAAUAUUUUGCCAAUGAGCAAAUUCGUUCAAGACAUUCUUCGGUUGCUACUGAGGAUCAAAAUUAUGCUUGCAUGAUAGAAGUUACUGAUGAUGAUGAUGAUACCACUGAUGCAUCUGCCAGGAAAAUCAAAAGAGAGUACAAGGAACCAUGGGAUUAUGAAAACUCAUACUAUCCUACUACUCUUCCUCUGAGGAAGCCAAAUUCUGGAGAUCCAGAAAUUCUUGAUGAGAAAGAAUUUGGUGAAGCUGCUUCUAGUGCGGAGUAUGAUGAGAAUACUGUUAAUUCUGCUGCAGAACUCGGGCUCUUGAAGAGUCAGCAACAAAGGAUGCUUUUCUUUAAGUUUCCUACUCUGCCUUUGGUCAAGCAGACUAACAAGGGGAAGGAGAAAAUUGGUAAAUCAACAGUAUCGCAAGAGGCCACAAAGUCAAAGAGUGCCUUGGAAGAGUUGCCAAGGGGAUAUAUGGGCAAAAUGCUGGUGUACAAGAGUGGAGCAAUCAAACUAAAACUAGGAGAAACUAUGUUCGACGUGUCUCCAGGUUCAAAUAGUGUAUCUGUACAAGAUAUUGUGGCGGUGAACACUGCACAGAAACAGUGUUGUAAUCUUGGCGAGCUUAGGAAAAGGGUUGUUGUGGUUCCUGAUCUUGAUUCAAUUGAACUGUAAAACACUCUAGACAAAUAUGACUAAGGGGCCACUUAGUAGCACAGUACCUUCUUGGCUUAUGUGAAUAUAUGUGACUAAAAAGACACCCACAAUUGGCGAGUGAAAAUUGGAUACUAGACCUAAUUUGACAUUAAUGAAAUAUCAAGUGGAAGAUUGAACUCAUUUUUUUGUUAAUGAAAUAUCAAGUGGAAGAUUGAACUCA